GAGUCCAAGAUUGUGGUGUUUGAAAGGGAGAACUUCAUUGGCAAGCAAUGGGAGAUGAACGAUGACUACCCCUCCCUGCAGGCCAUGGGCUGGGGCAACAACGAGAUCAGAUCCAUGCAGGUCCAGAGUGGAGCGUAAGUAAAAGGAGUAAAAGUCCUGACUUCCUUUUUCACACUACAGAAGACUAUGCUCAUAACAAUCAGAAAUAGAGGAAUCAAUUGUGUCUAGUCCAAAACUUGGACAAACUGCAAAAAAGUUCAAUAUGCAGUAAGAAUAGCACAGAAUAGUUGUAACAGAAAAUAUAACACAAGCCACAAAAAAGUAUGUAUAAAGUCUAUGAAAAGUAUAUAAAGCCUUUCGGUCCUUUCCCCUUCAACAGUGUUCUGGCCGGGUGGUGAGUCUGACCUACAUAAAGUCUUUAUGGGCUGUAAUUAAAAUCCAUUGUAAUAACAACAUAAUUAAAAUCCAUUGUAAUAAUCAUUUCUGUAAUGGAUCAUAAUAGAACUAAGCAAAACCCAAUUUCAGGACUGAAAUUAUUAAUUAUCUAAAUGAAUGUCCUGUGACCUUACUGACCUAUCUUUGCCAAAUGUGUUAAAGGGACACUAUGGUGAAAAAUGAGAAACAAUGAGCUAUUAUAUGGUGUCCCUGGAUAUUAUACAGAGGACUAACUGUUACAGGAGGGGGUCGCAGUUCUGGAGCGACCCACUAGGUGUCAUCGUCCGACAACCUUAGGCACCUCCUCACUCACAGUCGGGACUAAUCAUCAUCCUAUUGGUGUCACCUGUGUCUAUCGGUUCACCUGUGUAUUUAUGCCCUCACUUCCCUGUGUUCCCUUGCUCAGUUUUCUCUGCUAGUUUCUCUAUGUCCAGCAGUACUACUCAGUGUCUGAUCGGAGAUCUAUGUACAGGUAGACCACAGUGUGGUCCUCUGUAGCUCAGCUGGUAGAGCACGGCGCUUGUAACGCCAAGGUAGUGGGUUCGAUCCCCGGGACCACCCAUACACAAAAAUGUAUGCACGCAUGACUGUAAGUCGCUUUGGAUAAAAGCGUCUGCUAAAUGGCAUAUUAUUAUUAUUAUUAUAUACAGGUACUUGAGAAGUGUUCUCCCUGUUUCGUUAUUUGUUUCAGUCUUAGGUAGUAUUUCGUAUUUUGGCUGUCAGCCGGUUUUUAGAGACUUAUUUGCUCCGCCUUUCUUUUAUCGUGAUAAGUCCGUUAUUUUGUAUUUUGGCUUCGGGACCACCAGUAAAGAUCCUUGUUUCACCAUCUCUGCCUACUGCCUACUGUAUAUCCUGCACCGCACCUGGGUCACACCUCACCCCAACCCUUACACUAACAUGUACUGUAGAGGCCAACUCUGUCUGAUCUACAAAUGCCUAGACUAAGGGCUGGGGCUUGUUUCGGGAUAUUUUCUUCCUCUCUCUCCCUCUCCCUUUUAGCUGGGUGUGCUACCAGUUCCCCGGUUACCACGGCUACCAGUACAUCAUGGAGUGUGACUGUCAUGGCGGAGAGUACAAACACUACAGGGAGUGGGGCUCCCAUGCUCAGACCUUCCAGGUCCAGUCUCUGCGCCGCAUCCAG